AUGACCUCAUGGUUCAUUCAAGGCACCAACUGCAACAGAGCUAUUGAUGGUGAUAUCGUAGCAGUGCAACUGCUACCUGAGAACCAGUGGACUCUUCCUGAAAAGAAAGUCUGCUUACGUGAUGUGGAGGAUAUGGAGUUGGAUUCCGCUGAUUUUGAUGCUGAGGAAGAGACAGAUGAAGAGGUUCCUAAAGCAAAGCGAGCUAAACUCACGCUUAUUCCUACGGCAAAGGUUGUGGGUAUUAUGAAAAGAAACUGGAGACCAUAUUGUGGUAUCUUGAUGCGCAGCCAGCUCAAAAGCGCUAGGCGGCAUCUGUUCUGUCCAAGUGAUCGUCUCAUCCCUAGAAUUAGGAUUGAAACGGAGCAGGCAGAUAUCCUCGAAAGCCAACGAAUCGUGGUAAGCAUUGAUCAGUGGCCUCGUGAUAGUAAAUAUCCCCUUGGACAUUACGUACGUGCAUUGGGUAAAAUUGGCGAUCAGGAGAUUGAAAAUGAGGUACUUCUCCUGGAGCAUGAUAUUCCUCACGCACCAUUUUCUGAUGCAGUACUCGAAUGCUUGCCUGGCGAAAACUGGAAGCCCGACUUGCAACCACCUCGAGUCGAUCUGCGGCAUCUGACCAUAUGCUCUGUUGAUCCUCUGGGAUGUACUGAUAUUGACGAUGCUUUACAUUGUCGU